AAGAGGGCUUAGUUUUGCAUGUUCCCAUCCAUCCUGCACGACGCGAAAGGGCCCCUUAUCCACCUCUCCUGUGUACUAGGAACACCUCCACUGGUGAUCAGCCUUUGCCUGUGUUUGUCUUGUGGAGAAGCAGCAGCACCUUUUCAGGAGUGGGUUUUUUAUUCAACAAGAAGUCCUGAAGGUUUUGGAUGCGGUGCUUCAGGGAUGUGGGCACUUUGAGAGCAGCAUCACCCACAAACACAAACAACUGCCAUCGAUUUUUCUGUGAAUAGCACAAAAAAAAAAAGAAAAAAAAAAGAGAGGAAAAAAAAACAGAGGAACAAUAGCAACACAAAAAAAUCUUGUCUAUUGAACAAUUCACUUUUCCAGUCUGUGGAUACCGCUCUAACUAAGUACAGCACUUUGAGAAUUGUUCACAUCGGACGGACUGAAGAGGGAGGCAAGACCUGUGGACCGGGUUUUCCCUCGCAAGUCUGAAUCGGCUCUCGCUACUUAUCCCGUAAAAGAAAACCCUGAAGGAUACCACCGCGCUUUGGACGUUUAUUUCCCUAAUUUCGCAGGAGGCUCUUUUUUCCACGCAAAUUGUCCUAAAUGUUUGGGAUUCAGGAAACUAUACCGCGGGGUGGGACGACGAUGAAGGAGGAACCGCUGGGUGGACUGAACUCGGUCCGCUCCUGGAUGCACACAGCUGGGGUAGUGGAUGCAAACACAGCCGCCCAAAGCGGUGUCGGCUUGGCACGGGCACAUUAUGAAAAGCAGCCCCCUUCCAACCUCAGAAAAUCCAAUUUUUUCCAUUUCGUCCUGGCGCUGUAUGACAGACAGGGUCAGCCCGUGGAGAUCGAAAGGACAGCUUUUGUGGACUUUGUGGAGAAGGAAAAAGAACCAACCAGUGAAAAAACUAACAAUGGGAUACAUUACAAACUACAGUUAUUGUACAGCAACGGCGUCAGAACAGAACAGGAUCUUUACAUACGGUUAAUCGAUUCCAUGACGAAGCAGGCCAUAGUUUAUGAGGGUCAAGACAAGAAUCCAGAAAUGUGCAGAGUUCUUCUUACUCAUGAAAUUAUGUGCAGCCGAUGCUGUGACAAGAAAAGCUGUGGAAACAGGAACGAGACCCCAUCAGACCCGGUGAUCAUUGACAGAUUCUUCCUAAAGUUCUUUCUCAAGUGCAAUCAGAACUGUCUGAAGAAUGCAGGGAAUCCACGAGACAUGCGCAGAUUCCAGGUUGUCGUAUCGACGACCGUCAAUGUGGAUGGCCAUGUCUUGGCUGUCUCUGACAACAUGUUCGUACACAACAAUUCCAAGCAUGGGCGAAGGGCUCGCAGACUCGACCCUUCAGAAGGUACGCCUCCUUAUCUGGAGAAUGCAGCCACCCCAUGCAUCAAGGCUAUCAGCCCCAGCGAGGGAUGGACCACUGGAGGAGCCACCGUCAUCAUCAUCGGGGACAACUUCUUCGACGGCCUACAAGUUGUGUUCGGCACCAUGCUUGUAUGGAGUGAGCUGAUAACUCCCCACGCCAUCCGCGUCCAGACUCCACCUCGGCACAUCCCCGGCGUUGUGGAAGUCACGCUGUCCUACAAGUCCAAGCAGUUCUGCAAAGGCGCCCCUGGGAGAUUCGUCUAUACUGCCCUCAAUGAGCCAACCAUCGACUAUGGUUUCCAGAGGCUGCAGAAGGUCAUUCCCAGACACCCCGGCGAUCCUGAGAGGUUACCAAAGGAGGUGCUACUGAAGAGGGCGGCCGAUCUCGUCGAAGCCCUGUAUGGAAUGCCCCACAACAAUCAGGAGAUCAUUCUGAAGAGGGCAGCUGACAUCGCCGAGGCCCUGUACAGCGUUCCCCGCAACCACAACCAGAUCCCCUCUCUCGCCAACACAGCCUCCCACGGCAUGAUGGGAGUCAACUCCUUCAGCAGCCAACUAGCAGUCAACGUGUCUGAGUCACAAGGGAAUGACCAAGAAAAGAAAGAAAUGAAUGAAUAUCCCUUUUCCGUUUCCCACCCGUGCUAUUCAGUGGGCUACAGCCGGAACACCAGCAGCGUGUCCCCCCGGGGCUACAUCUCCAGCAGCACCCCACAGCAGUCGAGCUACAACACCGUCAGCAACAGCAUGAACGGCUACGGCAAUGCCGGUAUGAACCUGGGAGUGCCAAGCUCCCCUGGGUUCCUCAACGGAUCCUCUGCCAACUCCCCAUAUGGAAUUAAACAAAAGAGCGCCUUCGCCCCUGUGGUCCGACCCCAGGCCUCCCCACCCCCCUCCUGCACCAGCGCCAACGGCAACGGACUGCAAGGUGAGCCCCCCUCACCCCCUCAUCCCUUCCCCACGGACUACUGGUCAGAUACCGCUGCUCAGGCCUCUGUCCGGUUUGCCAUGUCCGGCCUGGUUGUCCCUCCAAUGUAAAAUGCACUUUCGUCCUCUCGAGCACCAGUCUACACACUACCACUUCACAGGACACCCCCUCAGCACACUGCAAAAAUGCCGGUGUAAUGUAUAGUCAGCCGCUUGUUCCGUUUUUAAAGACUAAAUGGAAGGAAAAAAAAAAAGAAAAGAAAGAAGUGAUUUUUUUUUUUUUUAAUGACUUUCACAAACCCGCAGAAAACAAGGAUUUCACAAGGAACAAUAUUUCUUUUCUGUGGGAUUUUUUUUUUUUUUUUCCUCCUGUAUAUUUUUUCCCCCAUUUUAUCACCCUUGAAGAGGACACGGGACGAUGGAGGGUUUAUUUUGUAUACCUGUCGGGUUGCGCUUCGGCCUCGGAGACGUCCAAUCAGCCACACAUUCAAUACUGGAAGGGACUCUGUGGACUCACCAUCUGGUUGUAAAGUAAAAACACUGAUGUACAGUACAUUUGCCAAUGAACUCGUUUGCCUCAGAAAUUGUUUUUUCUGUUUCAACUCUCUUUUAAUAGAUUCACAACAGUUGUGUGUCUUUAUAAUGUGACUUUUUGUAUUUUUAUGUGUGAGGAAAAAUACACAGGGGCCAAGACAGUUUGAAUUUCAACUGGAAAAAUAUAUGAGAUAUAUAAUGUAGAAAAAUCGAUCAUUAAAAGUACAACAAAUACGAGUGAAAAUGGGGCAGGGCUGGGUGGGUAAGGUUGUAUCAUGUUUCAUUCCUGCAUUUUAACUUAAAUUUUGUAAUUUAUUGUAGCUAGAAAUCAUCUUCAAAAGCUAAAAGAAAAAAAAAAAAUCCUGUUUGAUUCAACAAGCACACUGACGUGUACAAAACACUGCUCUGUUGAUGAAUA